AUGUCAGACAUUGUAGAGGAAAGAUGCCCACCCACUACAGUGGUGCCGUUCCUGGAGAUCCUGGUGGGGGCAAAUAAGGGCAGAAACAAGGGCGUCGACAGUUUCGACAUCUGGAAGGCUGUGAACAGGCACUUUGGGAACAGCAAUACCAAGAUCAUUUUUCCCUUCCUCUCCCUCCCCUUUGAGCUUCGCCUCAUUAUCUACGAUUACUACUUUGAGCUAGAGACCACAAACACCAGCAAGAAGCUGAUAGACAACAUAGCUCCCCAGGGGGAGAACAGGCUCUCUCUAAUGAUUACCAACCAUCAGAUCUAUUCCGAAGCUCGCAAGGUUCUCUAUACGAACUUUGCUUUCGGGCUGAAAAGCGUGCCUCAUUUGCGACACUUCUUUAACAAUCUCCGAGGCUACAGCUACAAGAUCAUCCGCAAGUUGCAGAUUGAAGACAUUUCUGCUGAGCAUGUGAACACGCUUGCGCAGGUACUAUCUGGUCAAGGAUUACUAGGCGUCCGAUCUCUGAAGUUGAUAGCAACGCCACACUAUAUGGGUCCAGCGUCUCUGAGGACCCAAGUCGGAAGAUCUAGGAAGCGUCUCGUGUACCCGGUGUUCAAGAAGAAGUUGUGCAUAGCGGUGGACAAGUUGUUUUAUCGCAGUGGUCUUUCAAUUCCUAAGCCACCGACACUGAUCUUGGUUGAUUUCCGUAAGGAUCCAGCAUGGGAUGUUAUAUUUCCUAGAUUUUGGUCAGUCUCUGUUACCUGGAAGGAGUAG